CGCGGGCACACGUGGCACGUCGAGCUCGAGCUCGUCAGUCGAGUCAGAGUCAGACGUCGAGCAGGCGAGGCCGCAGGCUGUGCUGUGAAAGGCUGCGGCAGCCGUGUGGCGCGCAGCCCGUGCAACGCCUCGUCGUAUGCUGCUCGAGCAGGAGAUGUGGGUCCGCGUCUUGCCUGCUGCGCUGCGCCGAGUCCUUUUUUGGCAGCCUGCGAGAAGCAGGAGAGCACAGCGAUGCGACUGCGGCCCGACGUUUGACGCCCAGACGCAGCAAGCCGACGUUCAGGGUCUUCAUGCGAGGCCCGGCCAAGGCCCAGGUGGGCAACAACGCCCAGCCGCUGCCUCCGACGCACACUCCGCGCCCAACUCCGCGUCUGAUAGCGCAGCGCCAGAGCGCACGACGCUCGAGGCAUCCCUUCGGCUUGACUGCGUGAGCAGCUCCGGCUGCGAGAGAUGCGCCGAAGCGGAGCAUGUGACAAGCGUGACGGCGCAGCUCUGCCGGGCGGGGCGUCUCUCGACUCUGGCCAAGGCAUCGCCAUCCGGCAUGCUCUGCGCCUCGUCGAGGGGGAGCUCUCGCUCUUCGGAGGCGUCGUGCGCGUGGCGGGACGACGGGGCAGCUUCCCUGCUGCGCGGCACGGCAGGUCCGACGCCGUCGGUCCGCGGCUUUCCUCGCACGCGCGGAUGCACGGCGCCGGGCGUGCGGCGCGGCGGUGCAGGGAGCGGCAUGCGCUGGACGCACAGCGGUGGCGCCGAGCCGACCUUGCCGCGAGCGUGCUCGUGCCGAAGCACUCGACUCGCCUCCUCGGAUGUCAGGGUCCGCACCCCUUUGUGUGUGCUGGGUGAGGAGAGCAGCCGCUCGUGAGAGUGGCUGCACCCUGCCGCCUCAUUUGGCGCGCUGCGGCAGCUGCGGGGGGAUGGCGGCGCCGUCCCUCGAAUUUCGCGAAGUCGCGUGCCGCCCUCUCGCCCUCGCGUCGCUCCAACAUCUGCUGCGCCGGACGCC